GAAAAAAAAGUAUUAGUUUUAGUUGCAAGACUGUGGGUGGUGCAGACUGUAUCCCAACAUCGAUCUAAGAGAAAAUAUUGUCGCAGCGCCUAAUAAUUUCUCAUUUUACGAUAAAGAGUCUAACAUAAAACAAAUAAGCAGAAGAACAUUUUUUUUUUUUGGAAAGAGGUUUUAUAAAUUCAGAAUUGUGAAAUCCCUCAGGAAUAUCAAACAUCUCGUCAAAAUGGCGAUUUUAAGACGCUUUGGUCGCAACAAUUUCAACAUUAUUUUGAUUAUCUUGGCGUUACUCUUCUUGUGGUUCUAUUGGUUCAGAUCCCCGCUUCACACACCAGAGAAAAUGUUAAAACAGAAUUUGAAUAAGAUCGGAAACCAGAGGCAGCGAGGAGAUCAUCGCAUUAAAGAAAUGUUCACAAUUGCACACUGCCAAUGCGCCAGGUACAAAACUGACAUCGAGAACCUCCGCAAGUCGAGGUUCGAACGGCUCGACACCGGUUCGAGCACAGCGAAGUCGACGUGUUCGGACCUCGCCACCCUUCGAGGCCCCGGGCAGAAAGUAGUGUCCUAUUCCUACUACUUCUACGAGGGCGCUUGCAAUGCGGGAAGGGACCAACAUUUCACCAUCUACCUGGGUCAGAUGCACGGAACAGUCUCGUCCAUAAAGAAGCAUUACCCCGGAUGGCUGGUGAGAAUCUACCACAACGUUACUCUCGAUGAUAAGAAAAGCUCUGAUGAAUUAUGUCGUCUCUACUGUGACCACGACAACGUUGAUCUUUGCCACGUCUACGACCUGCCUGAACUUGGGAACUUGACAAACAAAGGAGUAGUUGGUCGCUUCUGGCGAUUUUCCGUGAUGGGAGAUCCUACAGUAGACGUGUUCUUGUCGAGAGAUACGGACAGCUGGGUGCUGGCGAGGGAGUCGACGGCAGUGAGCGAGUGGAUCCGCUCGGGCCUCACCUACCACGUCAUGCACGACCACCCGAAGCACAAGCCGAUUAUCAUGUCUGGCCUCUGGGGAGCAUUUAACAAAGCACAGGAAUAUCUGCAACAGGUUCGGGAUUUCAUGUUUGAAUGGCGCGUCUCUGACAGACCGUCACACGAUAAUGAAAUGCUGAGGAUUUUGCUCUGGCCGAUUAUGAAGGAAGACGUGCUCAACCACGACAGCUUCACCUGCAGCGACCCCAACCACGGCGCCUCCGUCCCUUUCCCGACCCGACGCGUGGGUCACGAGUACUGUGGAUGGGGGCUGUCCAAGGCCACUGCUGCUCUGGAGGUGAAUAGGACCGAGUGUCCUUACGAGUGCCGUCCCGAUGACCACAAAGAUUGGGUUUCCUGUUAAAUAGGGAGGGAGGGAGGGUCUGUUUCGCUCUGGUUUAGUCUUGGGUUCCUAAAGGGGUCUCG